AUGCCGUUUACGGCGUGCCUUGCUCACUUGGAGCUCACAUACAUACCGAAGACGCGUCAAAUUGUUCGUAUCCGUGGGUUUCUCACUCAUAACGAAGGGUGCAGGACUUCAAAACAUACCCAGGCACCACAAGAUCCUCUCCAUCCAAGCGUCUACUCAGUUGCCCUUGAGCAGUUAAGCAAAGGUCUUCCGUUUGCACAAAUCCGGAAACAUAACCAGGGGCUCGUGAAGUCUCGUCAAUACCCGGGAAUGGAUGGCCACCCACAUACUUGGCGGUUUCGGUAUCUUUUGCUCAAGGGGGACUCUCGGUCCUUAUACCGUCAAUUUAGCCGUGUCCAUUUUGGGAUUGACGUUGAGAAGAAAUUGCACCUGAACAUUCACGGUUGGAUGGACGAAGAAUCAGGGGUGUAUAACCAACAGUUUGCUGAGGCAGUGUUUCACUACUGUGCUCGUUCGGCUGCAAACGAGAGGGUAGAGGUGUGCAUUGCCACAAGGGAUAUGCUGGAGUCGACAUGGAAGUAUGCACACUGGAGGCAAAUCCUCAUGGAUGGCACAUUUGGUGUCUGUAGCCGGAAGAUUUUAUUGUUUGUUUUGAUGGGACUUGAUGAGGAGAGAAAGGGCACACCUUUGGCAUUUCUAUUCUUCUCUCCUCCACCUAACGCAAAGCGAGAGUGUGCUGGCUAUGACUCAGAGAUCCUAGCAAAGCUACUGGGGCAGUGGAGAAGGGCUGUGGAGAAAUAUCGAAAAGGGCAACCAUUUGUACCCCAGGUCGCCAUCACCGACACAGAUCUCCGAGAGAGAAUAGCACUUGUCCGAGUUUUCCCCGAUAUCAUUCUCCUAAUCUGCCGAGUUCACCUUCGCCGGUCUUGGAGAAAUAACCGCAACUCCAAAUUUGCAUGGGGACCCCGAGGAAGUGACGCAUUCAGGAGAAUGUGCACCUUGGAGAACGGGAUUAUUGAGGCAUCGUCGUAUGCUGAAGCUUUGGCCUUAGUUGAAAAUGAGGUUGAGGUUAUUCAGGCUGAUCUCCCCAGUGAUGACCCUUCACGCACGGCCGCUCUGGCACACAUCAAAUAUUUACGGGAAUAUUGGAUGUCAAACGGUAACCACGACGAUUUUUGGAAGAGCUGGGCAAAUCUGGGACGGGCAAUGGCGGCGGAAACUCUUCAGUCUCCGGUGGAAGAUGUUCUUGGAACAACAAACCAUUUGGAGUCAUUCAACAAUGUCUUCAAGAAUGGGCAACUGGCAAAAAUUCAGCGUGGUGGAAGAAGGCUCCGAUUUGAUGUACUACUAAAGUUCAUCAUUCAGGAUAUGAUACCGGCUAUAUACGAAGAACGUACACUUCUGACGGAGGAGCGGGACCGCCGGAAGGCUCACCUCCUCACUCUUUCCAAUGGUGAACAGCUCUGGAACAGUCUUCAAGAACGCUCCCUACCCCACCAUUCCCCUUUCCCAGUCGCAUUCCUUACUCCAGACAAAUCUCGUGAAGCUGCUGCUGCUGACUUGUUAUCCCAUCAACAAAUUGGUAUGCCAACUGCCAUGCCUGAUAUGCUCGGGCUGCAGUUAACGUGUAUCUCGUCUUUGGCAGCCGAACAUGAUAGCCAUCCAUUGCAGUAUCAAGUUGAAUUAUGUUACUCUGGCUUGGCGUCAUGUACAUGUCCUGACUUUUCUCGGCGUGGGGGCGCGUGCAAACACUUACGCGCAGCCCUGAUUUAUGUGAAUCAGCUGAGAGUUGAACGGAACAUUCCCAUCCCUCCUUUUCCCGUACCCACAACAGAGAAAGAGGCCCAUAUUUUGCAUGCUCAGCCUCCCCCAGUACAUCUCCCACGCCUGCGACCAAUGCUCGGCGCUGCUGAACGGUUGAAUGACUUGGUGAACGACUCCGUAGGCCUAAUCGAGGAAGACUCGGACCUCUCAGAUUCGGAUGGAGAUAAUCUGACGAGUUUGGCUGAGAGAGGCUAUUUAGAUGAAGCUGUCAGUGAGGUGGCCCCUUCGAGUCCUAGCGUUGAUAUGCCGACACUGCCUACGUCCACCCAACGAAGCGUAAAACAGCACACCCGCGCCCGUCUACUGCAUCAUAUCCAAGUCGCCCGGCCAAACAUAACAUCAAUCCGGACAUUUCUCACUGAGGUUGAAUUUCAACCAGACGACAUUUCGCUAGCUGGCACUUUUCGUCACGAGCUUCAAGACCUGCUUGCGUUACUGGACAAAAAAAUAUGCUCACCCGGUGCAGGAGGAACAGACAACGACCCGUCUACUGGGCCGCCGACAACUCCUACACGCUUGGGGGUGAGACGGAAGUCGGAACAUUUAGAUAUCAUGUCACCAUCUCCCACAAAAGCUGCCAGACGACAGGACUCGUAUUCUAUUCAUUAG